CGUGAACGCUGCUUAUGAAGCACCCACCUACGAGGAGGUGAUGACCAUGUCAGUUCCAGCCAUAUGGACGAUCGCAUCCAACCCAGGCUUAGUGCCCUCACCACUGAACGAGCCGCCUCCUUACAACGUGGUUAUUCAAUCCUCUGCCCAAGAAGAGAUGAUGGUGGAGACUCUCAGGGUGACAGUGGCACCAGACACGAGGCACGCCUCAGAGCCAGACAGGGGCUCCAGGGUGCAGCUGCAGCUGGUGCUGCCCCCAAGACCACAGCGGUUUGUGUCGGACAUACAUGAAGUGAAAGGGAUUGAAGACAGAUUUGAGCCACUGGAGCCACUCACUCCACCACCUGCUUAUGAGAGUGCCAUCAACGAUGAGGUCUUUGAAGAUGCUUUCCAGCCCUCCACCUUAUGAUUAAUUUCACCUUCUAUGGAUGCAGAACCAAACCCUCACCCCAACACAGGGUGCUCCUGGAGGGAAG